ACGGACUUCUCGCUUUCCCGUCCUUCUUCCUUAUAUCAUCCAUAUAAGUCCCAGCGCUGCGCAAGAGCAACCUGGACCGAAGCGACAGCAGAAGACCAUACCAUGCUAGAGAGGAGCGCCGACCGGGAGUACUGAUUUUUUUCCACACCGUCCUCUUCUUUAACGGAGUAUUUUGGUUUUCUUUUUUACUUUUCAGGUCUCUGUUAUACAGGAAGAAGGCUUCGUUCGACUAAUUUUAAAUACCGUAACACUUAUUAAUACCGAGGCGUUAAUCUUUCGCACACGCACACACACACACACACAUACAUACAUCACAAUUUAUAUACUACCGCAGAAGGGCACCGACCCUCUACUGGCUCGGGAGUCAUGGAUCUAUCGCUCUUUCCAUCCCGAAUUUGCUGGUGGAGGGUACUGUUUCUCCUGAGCAUCUUCCAGGACUAUCUGAGCUCCAUGCUGGACUGUCCGCCAAGCUGCAGUUGUUCGCCCACAGAGAUCUAUUGCAAUAAGUCCGAUAAUGGGAAAUUCUUUCCUUUGCUGGCUCUGCAAGACACGGGGAACAAUGGGAAUAGCAGCAACAGUAUUCCCGAUAUGUUCAAGAACAUCUCCUCCAUACACAUAGAGAACUGGACAGAGCUUCAGACGCUGAAGGACGUCGACAUGGAACUGUACACCGGGCUUCAGAGGCUAACCAUCAUGAACUGCAACCUCCGAGUGAUCCAAUCGCGCGCCUUCGCUCAGAACCCCCACCUGCGCUACAUAAACUUGUCCAAGAAUCCCUUAAGCACCUUAUCAUGGCAGCUGUUCCAGAACCUUCAACUCACCGAGCUGAGGCUGGAGGGAGUGGUAUUUAAGUGUGGCUGCGAUAUUCGCUGGAUCCAGCUGUGGCAGCACAGAGGAGAGGCAGGCCUGCACACGCAGAGGCUCUUCUGUAACAAUGGCGUCUCCAAGAUCCUGCUCAGCAGCAUGAACAUCUCACAGUGUGAUCUGCCUGACAUCAACCUCAGCAGAACCAACCUCGUUGUGAUGGAGGGAGACAACGUCACCAUCACCUGCAACGGGACAGGAACUCCACUCCCCGAGGUCGACUGGACCGUUGGCGGCCUCCAUUCCAUCAACACUCACCAGUCCAACGUUUACUGGCCCAACGUGCACUCCAUCAACCUGACGCUGGUGAACAUCAGCCGUGAUGACAACGGCUACAUGCUGACCUGCAUCGCCGAGAACGUGGUGGGCAUGACCAACGCCUCGGUCCAGCUGGUCGUGCAGUUCCCCCCCACCAUCCUGACCCUGGAUGAGCCGGAACGCCGGCAUGACACCUGCAUCGAGUUCACGGUGCGGGGCUACCCCCACCCCACCUUACGCUGGUUCUACAAGGACAAGGAGAUCCCUGUGGGGGAUUACAUCCGCACAGAGAUGGAGAUCUACCAGGACUAUCUGGAGGGCUGCCUCACCUUCAGGAACCCCACCCACCAAAACAACGGCAACUACACCCUGGAAGCCAGCAACUUUUUGGGUUCUGUCACGAAAACUGUAUACGGGCACUUCCUGGAGUCCCCUCCCACUGAUUAUACCGAGUAUGACUAUGAGACCCCAAUCCCCACUGUCAGUGCCACCCCCAGGCCCGAGGAGGACACGUUUGGGGUGUCUAUCGCUGUGGGACUGGCCGGGUUUGUUUGCCUCGUCCUCGUCAUCCUGUUCAUCCUCAUCAACAAGUACGGCCGGCGCUCCAAGUUCGGAAUGAAAGGGCCGGUAGCUGUGAUCAGUGGGGAGGAAGACUCGGCGAGUCCUCUUCAUCACGUCAAUCAUGGCAUCAUCAGCCCGUGUUCCCUGGAUGCUGCACCAGACGCGGUCAUCAUUGGCAUGACCCGGAUCCCGGUUAUUGAGAACCCACAGUAUUUCAGGCACGGGCACAACUGCAACAAGCCAGCCACCUACGUUCAGCAUAUAAAGCGCAGAGACAUCGUCCUGAAGAGGGAACUCGGGGAAGGAGCCUUUGGGAAGGUCUUCCUGGCUGAGUGUUACAACCUGAGCCCCACCAAGGAGAAGAUGCUGGUAGCUGUCAAGACCCUGAAGGAGCCGACCCUGGGGGCCAGGAAGGAUUUCCAGAGGGAGGCGGAGCUGCUGACCAAUCUGCAGCACGACCACAUCGUCCGCUUCUAUGGCGUUUGCGUGGAUGGCGACCCUCUCAUCAUGGUCUUCGAGUACAUGAGGCAUGGAGAUCUCAACAAGUUCCUCAGAUCUCACGGCCCAGACGCCAUGAUCCUGCUGGACGGGCAGCCUCUGCAGACCAGCGGGGAGUUGAGUCUGUCGCAGAUGCUGCACAUCGCCACCCAAAUCGCCGCCGGUAUGGUCUAUCUGGCCUCUCAGCACUUCGUGCACCGUGACCUGGCCACUCGCAAUUGCCUGGUGGGCAACGGCCUGUUGGUGAAGAUCGGCGACUUCGGCAUGUCCAGGGACAUCUACAGCACCGACUACUACCGGGUGGGCGGACACACUAUGCUGCCCGUUCGCUGGAUGCCCCCAGAGAGUAUCAUGUACAGGAAGUUCACCACGGAGAGCGACGUCUGGAGCUUCGGGGUCAUCCUCUGGGAGAUCUUCACCUACGGGAAGCAGCCCUGGUUUCAGCUGUCCAACAACGAGGUCAUUGAGUGUAUCACGCAAGGCCGGGUCCUGGAAAGACCACGCAUUUGCCCUAAGGAGGUCUACGACAUCAUGCUGGGCUGCUGGCAGAGGGAGCCGCACCAGCGGUUGAGCAUCAAGGACAUCCAGAAGAUCCUCUACGCCUUGGGGAAGACCGCACCGGUCUACCUUGACAUCCUCGGCUAGCGUCGGCCGCCCCAGACUUGUCCCGUCCUCUUCUGCCGGACGGAUGAACAUGACCCAGGAAAAAAAAAAAACCAAACAACACGUUCCACUGUCAGACACCUUGGGGAUGGAGGACCUAAGUGCCUGCUACGCCUUUCGAUACACUGGAGUAAAAUCUUUAAAAAAAAGCACUUUUACAUUUCGUUUGCUAUAAAAUGUACAGAGAUGCACUCUAUGACGCAAAAUCUAUGUCUUUUGUUAAAAACCUCUUUAAAAAGGGGAGCACAGAUCCCACAGAAAAAGAGGCUUUCAGUAAUUUUUAGACUCUUGAUUUCUUAUAUAUUUUUUUUGAAGGUGGGGAUCUGUGUCACGUUUGUUGGCGGAGUAUCUCGUUUUUUUUGGAGGUGACGGCUUCCUGUUGCCACUUCGGCCAGUGAGACGUAGACUCACGGAAGAAAACCUUACCGUUAUCACCCGCUGGACCUGAUCUUGUCUGAGAUUCAGGAGGGAUUUCUGCAGAGUGAAGACACCCUAUGAAAGGACCACCAAUCGAAACAAAAAGGAUAAUUUAAUAAUUUAAUGUACAUAAUGUAAAUUUUCAUAAGUGUCCAAAAAAUUAUGUUAACUUAUUUUUGUUUCUGCUUAGUGCUUUUGUUCUUUGGUGUGCCGUUUUGGUGAGUUAAUUCUAUAAAUGUUUUCAGAGUACUCUAUAUUUUUUUUUCCUUUGGACAAUGUCAUAGAAUGUAUGUUGUAUUUAUUUUAGUGAAGAGUCCCAAUUCUUUUUUAAUUGCACAGUUGUUUUGAGGAUUUGCAACCAAACCUGUGUCAGGCCCUGAGGUGAAGACCCAUGAGAAUCUACGAUCAGAGUGUAGCGGAUAUGAGAGAUUCAGCAUUUCAGAUUUUCUUAAUCUGUGUCGAGUCAUCGGUAGGUAUGGUGUCACACUCUGAUGCUUGUUGGUGACGUUGUUCUCCUGUCUACACAGGUUUGUGUCUUUCAGGAUGUCCUUCACGUUGCUCAGAGUCAUGAAACAUAAUAACAUUAUUAAUAUUUUAUUUACCAUCAGAAAUCAGUGAUGGAUAAUAGAAAUCUGUGGUAAUUUACCAGUUUUCUUUACAUUGUAAAACUGGUAAAAGUAUGGGCUGGCUAAGGUUUGCCUGUGUAAAUAGUUUUUGAUGCAAAUUAAUACCUACAGACACAAAUUUCACGCGAGUUUGAGUCUCGCACUACAUGGAAGCGACAUCUGACACAGGUGGAAAUUUAUUUAGCACCGUUAAUUUCAUUCUUCAUUCCUGCGCAGCGUGAGCUUGGCACAUUGAUGCAGGUUCGGGUAAAAGUACCUUUAUCUUCUCAUGUUCGCCUGUGUUUUAUAUUUUGGGCAAACGGUAUCGUGUAUCGCUCGUGGCCUUUCAAUGAUGAAGCGUUGCGAUAAUAAGGAAAGGCCGCGUUAAUUAAUGCUGUAUCAUAACGACAAAUUCCACAGCAUUGUGUUGAAGUGUUCUUUUUAGUUUUGCUGGCAUAUUAAAUAAAUAAAAUGACAUUUAAAUUUAAA